AUGUUGAAAAUAUUCGUUAUUUUUGCCAUCGCUAUUUCAUCAAUUGAAAGUGUAUCAGUCUGCACAACAAGUAGUCUUGUGAAUACUGUCAGCGAUCCAGUCUGCACAGCAUGGUGUAAAGUCAAGGUGAUAAAGUUUUUUAUUAUUUGAUGAAUAACAACAAAAUAAUUGAUUGAUUUUAGCUUUGUAGUAGCGGACAGUGUGUAAGUGGUAAUGGUAGCGGAGCAAAUUGUCAAUGUUCAAACUGUACUUUUAAUUGGGGUUCAUCUUCUUCAUCUUCCGGAAAUACCAAUAACUAUGAUAAUUCACAAGCUGGUUCAGCUGGACAACAAUCAAAUUAUAAUUCCAACUAUAAUUCAAACAUGAGAUAUGGAGGGUAUGAUAAUAGUGCAGAUGACAGUUAUGAAAAUAAUGGAAAUAAUCGUAGAUAUAACAAUAUGAACAAUAAUAAUAAUCAAUAUGGUGGUGCUGGAACAGCAUCUUCUUCUUCAAAUGGUCAAUAUCGUACGAAUCAAUACGACUCAAAUGUUCCAAACGGUUAUGGUAAUCAAUACAGUAAUACAAAUAGUUAUGGAAAUGGUUAUGCUAAUUAUGGAUAUGGUAAAAAAUGA